GCGCACGCGCGGUAGGAGGGGGGAAAGGCCACGCGAGACCAGUCGCGGUCGCGCGGGAGCCGAGCUCUGAGGCGGAGGACCGCGCUUCUCGCCCACGUCCUUUUCCCGCCCCGCGCCUCCACGGACGCCCCUCAGGAGUUUGUCUCACCUGCUGCGUCUUCCCAGAAGGACUGCUCAUGACAGGGCCCGUUGAAGCCACACUCACCCAUUUUGGGAUGGCAGCGAGCUGACGGGCAGCUGAGGAUGACCUUGACUGACAGACUGCGUGAGAAGAUUUCACGGGUGUUCUAUAGUCAUGGGCUCUUGUGUGCUUCCUACCCCAUCCCCAUCAUCCUCUUCACCGGCCUUUGUGUCCUGGCCUGCUGCUAUCCCCUGCUGAAGCUCCCACUCCCUGGCACUGGACCUGUGGAAUACACCACCCCUGCGAAGGACUACUUGCAGCCGCCAGCCUACCCAGCACACCAGCAAGGGGAGCCCAGCGAGAGGCCUGACUGGUACACUGGGACUCCUGUUGCCUACAUCCAGCAGGUCCUAGUAAAGGCCACUGUCUCUCCGUGGCCCACAUCAUUCCUGGCUGUGGAUGUGUUUCGUUCGCCACUCUCCCGUGUGUUCCAGUUAGUGGAUGAAAUCAGGAAUCAUGCCCUCCGAGACAGCUCCGGUAUCAAAGGUCUGGAAGAAAUCUGCCUUCAGGUAACAGACCUCCUGCCCAACCUACGGAAGCUUCGAGGCUUGCUUCCAGAACAUGGCUGCCUACUGCUCUCCCCGGGGAACUUUUGGCAGAAUGACCAGGAACGUUUCCGGGCUGACCCUGAUAUCAUCAAAACCAUCCAUCAGCAUGAACCAAAGACCUUGCAAACCUCAGCUACCCCCAAAGAUCUGCUGUUUGGAGUCCCGGGGAAGUACAGCGGGGUGAACCUAUACAACCGGAAGCGAGUGGUAACCUACACCAUCACUCUGGGUCUUCAGCGCUAUGAUUCCAGGUUCCUAUCCAGCCUCCGUGCCCGCCUCAAGCUGCUGCAUCCGAGCCCCAACUGCACCCUGCGGGAGGAACACGUUGUCCACGUCCACUUCAAGGAGGAGAUUGGCAUUGCGGAGCUGAUCCCCCUCGUGACCACCUACAUCAUCCUCUUUGCCUACAUCUACUUCUCCACUCGCAAGAUUGACAUGGUGAAAUCCAAAUGGGGCCUGGCGCUGGCCGCUGUUGUGACCGUCCUCAGCUCUCUGCUCAUGUCCGUUGGUCUGUGCACCCUCUUUGGCCUGACACCGACACUCAAUGGAGGAGAGAUUUUUCCUUAUCUGGUGGUCGUGAUUGGUCUGGAAAACGUGCUGGUUCUCACCAAAUCUGUGGUUUCCACACCCGUCGACCUGGAAGUGAAGCUGCGGAUUGCCCAAGGCUUGAGCAAUGAAAGCUGGUCCAUUAUGAAGAACAUGGCGACAGAGCUGGGGAUUAUUCUGAUUGGCUACUUCACCCUCGUCCCGGCCAUACAGGAGUUUUGCCUGUUUGCCGUGGUCGGCUUGGUGUCUGACUUCUUCCUCCAGAUGCUCUUCUUUGCCACCGUCCUCUCCAUUGACAUUCGCCGAAUGGAGCUUGCGGAUUUGAACAAGCGGCUCCCAGCAGAAGCUUGUGUUCCCCCCACCAAGCCGGCGAGCCGCUCCCAGCGCUACGAGCGCCAGCCAGCCAUGCGGCCCGCCACCCCGCACACCAUCACCCUUCAGCCUUCCUCGCUUCGGAAUCUGCGCCUCCCUAAGCGCCUGCGCGUCAUCUAUUUCUUUGCCAGGACCCGGCUGGCUCAGAGUAGCGUAAUGGCUGGGACAGUGGUCUGGAUCGGCAUCCUGUUCUACACAGAUCCUGCCGGCCUCCGGCCCUACCUGGCCUCUCAGGUCACUGAGCAAAGUCCCCUGGGCGAGGCGGGGCUGCCGGCGAUGCCAGUUCCCGGAGAGGUCCUGCCCACCGGGGACGCCAAGCUCUCUCUCUCGGUCUUUCCUCCGGAUUCCGUCCAGCCGCGGUCAGGGAAUCAGACCCUGGAUUCCCUGCGGGGGCCGGAGGCGAGUCGCCGUGCUGAGGCAGAGCAGCGGCAGCAGCAGCAGCAGCAGCGUGGGGAGAGCCGCGGGCCACCCGAAAUGGGGCCCAAGGCCGAAGUGACGUGGGGGGCGGAGGACGAAGAGAUGUGGAGGAAGCUGUCCUUCCGGCACUGGCCAUCUCUCUUCAGCUACUAUAACAUCACACUUGCCAAACGGUAUAUCAGCAUCCUUCCUGUGAUCCCGGUCACACUGUACUUGGACCCCCAAGAGGCCCUGGAGGCACGCCACCCCCAUGAUGCAAGCCGCUACCACACUUUCUUCUCACCGAGCGGCAGGAAAGCGGAGAAGACGGAUCCGUCGGCUGAGGGUCUUCCCAAAGCGCAGGGGCAUCGAGAUGUCACCCUCUACAAGGUCGCUGCUUUGGGCCUUGCGUCUGGAAUUCUUUUGGUCCUCCUGCUCUUCUGCCUCUACAAGGUCUUGUGCCCCAAAAACUAUGGGCAAAACGGGCUCUCCCACAGCAGGAGGAGAAGGGGGGACCUGCCGUGUGAUGACUACGGCUACUCCCCCCCAGAGACGGAGAUCAUCCCUUUGGUCCUGAGGGGCCACCUCAUGGACAUCGAAUGCCUGGCGAGCGACGGCAUGCUGCUCGUCAGCUGCUGCUUGGUGGGUCAGAUUCGGGUGUGGGAUGCUCAGACUGGCGACUGCCUCACCGUCAUCCCUAAACAAGGGUUACGCCGAGACCACAGCGGCUGCUUUGACCACCAGGACGGUUGGGAUCCCGGCCUGGAUGGCAAAGGUGGGUUUGAGGACCCCUUCUUCGAAGGCAGCCGCCCGCUGAAGCGGGCCCGGAGCCCUCCGCAACCCCUGCUGUUCAUGGACCAGCCGGAUCUCACGUCCCUCAUUGAUACAAACUUCUCGGAGCAAGCCAAGGCGGCCGCCCCGGAGCCCCGCCACCGCGCGGUGUGUGGCCGCCUGAAGGAGUCCGGCUACGACUUCAGCAGCCUGGUGGAGAAGGUCUGUGAGGAGCAGGGUGGCGCCAACUGCCUCGGCUUCUCUGCCCCCCGAGGACCGGCGACCUUCAGCGUCCAGACAGGCGGGGCCGAAGAGCCGGACUGCGGCACCCGUAGGAGUAGCCUGGUGGGGGACGAGGCCUGCCUGGGUUCGGAGAAGGCUGCGUCGUCUGUUCCCUCCUGGGGAGGCGACUUUGAAAGCUCGAUUUGGAGUCUGGAGCUGCAAGGGAACCUGAUCGUGGCCGGCCGGAGCAAUGGGAGGCUGGAGGUGUGGGAUGCGAUCGAAGGCACUCUGCGCUGCAGCAACGAAGAGGGCCAGUCGGGCAUCACGGCGUUGAUCUUCUUGAACAGCAGGAUUGUCGCUGCCAGGCUCAAUGGCUCGCUGGACUUCUAUUCCUUGAAGACCCACACCACCUCCUUCGAGCACUCCCAGUUCCGAGGAACUCCCGGGCGGAGCAGCCUGCCAGCCUCUCCCAUGUACAGCAACAGCGACGUCAUCGCAUGCCGGCUGACCCACACCGUGACCUGCGCCCACCAGAAGCCCAUCACGGCUCUGAAGGCAGCUGCGGGGAGGCUUGUCACGGGGAGUCAGGAUCAUACCCUGAGAGUGUAUCGUCUGGAAGACUCCUGCUGCCUCUUCACUCUGCAGGGCCACUCGGGAGCCAUCACCGCUGUCUACAUGGAUCAGACCAUGGUGCUGGCCAGUGGGGGCCAGGAUGGCGCCAUCUGCCUCUGGGAUGUGCUGACCGGCAGCCGAGUGAGCCACAUGUACGCCCACCGCGGGGACGUCACCUCCCUGACCUGCACGGCCUCUUGCGUGAUCAGCAGCGGCUUGGACGACGUCAUCAGCAUCUGGGAUCGGAGCUCUGGGAUCAAGCACUAUUCCAUCCAGCAGGACAUGGGCUGCGGAGCCAGCCUGGGCUUGAUCUCCGAUAACCUGCUGGUGACGGGAGGCCAGGGCUGCGUUUCCUUCUGGGACAUUGGCUACGGGGACCUGCUGCAAACCGUCUACUUGGGCAAGAGCAACGAGUCCCAGCCGGCCCGCCAGAUCCUGGUGCUGGAGAAUGCAGCCAUCGUCUGCAACUUCGGCAGCGAACUCAGCCUGGUUUACGUGCCCUCCGUGCUGGAGAAGCGGGACUGAAGGGGGGGGGGCAAAAGGCGGCCAUUUUUCCUGACUGGGCCACCCAGUGGAGUGGAAUGUAGAUUUCUUCUUGGAGUGGAAUGUAGACUCCCCCACCCCUACCCCUGCCGGAGCUUCCUCCCAUCUCAGCCAGGGGUUUGGGUUAAGCUGGAGAUCCCAGAUCCGUACAGAUCCAUAGGAAGCUGCUGCGGAGUGGAUGGAGAAGAGGCCUCCUGGCCGCUUCCGCCCAGCACUUUUUCCCACCCCAAGAGCGAGCGAGCGAGCGAGAAGCCCGAGGACACCUGGUUCUGCCCCUCAAAAGCAGCUGCAGCCGCCUCACAAAAGCCGGGAGCUGGUCCGGCCUUUGCAACAACACGCAUCGAGCACAGUCGCAGGAGAGAGGAGGAGGGUGGUGUGCUUUGUGGUGGCUGGAAGCCGGCUGUUCUCAGCACUUAGUCCUUUUGCCUAGCUGGUCCGAUCGUGCCCCUCCGCCUGGCAAGCCUUGUGCCACACAAUUCUGAGGGAAGAAGACCUGAGAGCUUAGAUUGGGGCGGGGGGCGAGGUGUGUUCUGCCGUGGAGGACUUUUUCAAAAGGAGACAGAGGAAGCAAGCACUGGGGGUGUGGGUAUGUGCGUGCGCGUGUCUUGAACAAGCCACCCCGAAGGCAGGCAACCAAGCCGCCCCACGGGGCCCUCCACCUGCUGAUCCAGUCCUCUUGCCUCUCUCUGUCUGCCCUGAAAGCGAGGCGGGUCGUGCUCCCUGCCCUGUUUAUUUAUGUGCUGUACAUAGUUAUUUAUUCCGGUAGAGGGGCAGUGGGCAAAGGACGAGGGCAGCCUUUCUGCAGGGUGGGGGUGGGUGGUUCCCCCCCUCCCUUCCCCUCGGCUGAAGCUGGUGCCUCCGUCAAGAGCAGCCAGGCCAGGCCUCCUUGCCGGGUCAGGCCCCUGGAGAGAGUCGGGGUGGCCCUCCGACAGAAGCCGCCCUCCUCCCACAGGUCUGUAGCGUGAGCAGACCGGGGCGGGGUGCCUGCUGCACCGGUGCUGGCCUGCCCCUCCUCUCGGGCAGAGGCGUCACAGGGCAUCUUCCCGGUUCGAGGCAGGGAGCUCUGCCGGAUCUGCCCUUUCUUGGGGACCAGAGUCUGCCUUGGGAGGAUUCCCGAUUGGGACCCAUCCUGCCGGCAGACCUGCUUGCACGCCUACGGGCACAACACGCACUACUAGCCAGUUGUUCCUGGUUUAGUUCUUGGCUGCCAGGGUGUGGCGUGAGAAUUCAGGUGGCAGACAGAAAGAGAGAGAAGGAACCAAGGCAGACCAGCAACUGGAGAUUAUUUUUUUUUAAAAUGGUAAAGCCAUUCAUUGACUGAUUCUCUAGUUCAUGUUUUGUUUUUAACUUAGGACUUCUAGCUGUAGGGAGCCCUCUGCUUUGUAGCCUACUAAAGGAUGCUUUUUAGGGUUUGCCUGUUGUAUUCCGCCUCUCCCACUUCCCCAAGGCGGGGGAACAGCUGCCUGGGUCCGAGGGGGGGGGAGACACCCAUGUGGUUGGAGGCUGGCCAGCAAAGGCUCCCCCCAGUCUGGGGCCUGCAACCCCCUGCCCCCUUUUGCGCUCCUGCUGAACAAACCCAAGGAGGGGCUUUGGUCGGUGUCCACACCACGCCUCAGGUGGCCUUAGCUCUGCUGCACCCCUUUGGACGGUGCAGCGGAAGCAGCUUUUGUAUCCGGUUGUUUUUAUAAUGUGUGCAGGUACAGAUGCAUUAAACAGAACCAACUAAC